AUGUCUUCCGAAAUUUCUACGAAACAGAAAUUAACAUGGCUGAUUACGGGCUGUUCCUCAGGGUUCGGUCUCGCCAUGGCACGCCUUGCGCAGGCUAACGGACACAAUGUCAUCGCAGCGUUUCGAAACCCGAGUCGUACGCCGGAACUUAUUGAAGAGUUCACUAAGAAUGGAGGGGAAUGUGUACGACUAGACCAAGACGAAUCUAAUUGUGGCCAAGUUAUCGAAGAUAUCGAGGCGCGCGGAACCGCGAUCGACAUCCUAGUUAAUGUCGCUGGAUUCGGCAUGACAGGCCCUGUCGAGUCUUUCAGUGAAGAAGAGGUUCGACAUAUGAUGGAGACCAACUUCUUCGGCCCAUACCGCUUGACACGAGCAGUCGCGCCUCACAUGCGAAAGAGACGCUCGGGCAUGAUCGUAAACUUCAGCAGCGGUUCCGGGAUGGAAGCUCGAAAUUCCCUAGGUCUUUACGGCGCUUCUAAAUCCGCCCUUGACGGACUGACCAAAACGCUCCACAAGGAGAUGUCGGAUUUUAAUGUCCGCGUUCUAUUGGUGUAUCUGGGAACUUUCAAUACGCCCAUGGUUGGUAAGGUUGAACCGAAGCUGAAGCCUCUGGACCCUGAUUACAACGGGACAACGACAGGCAAGAUCUAUGAAAUCAUGGGUUCAGGUAACUUCAAAGUCCCCGGCGACCAUAUAAAGGCAACACAAGCGAUAUAUGAUGUAGUUGUCGGCGAAGGUAUAGGAAAGGGUCACGAAAAUGAGAUGAUGCUCCCGUUGGGGGUUGACAUGGCGGUCCGAGCCCAUGAAGUUCGAGACAGUAUUGAUCAUAUGAUGGAUGUAUUUGGGGACAUCUGUAAUAAUGUCAAUGUUGAGAAUAGAUAAGUUGAAUUCGAAAAGGAGAUCCGGAAGCCAGUUGUUGAGAUGGUCGCAUAAAUAUCCCAUGCUAGGAGAGUGCCGCCGUCAUUCAGGGGUACCGGCAGGAAACACAGCAUGAGUAUGAAGUCUUGAAUUUUGGGCCAAACUUGCUCAUGAUACAUCUUAACGUGGUGACA